CGUACGUGCACUAGGUAACUACCCAAGUGAGCCGGGGCGGUUGAGCGCAGGCCUUAGGCACCCAACUUCUGCAUCCACGAGACUGCAUCAUCGGGAAGCGAAAGUGCCACUUUAUUCAACAGCAAUUACGGUGCAACUACAUCGCAUGGUCGUCCGCUCAAUGUAAUGUCCAGUCCAACAGCCUACGAAGUGCGCUCUCUCUACCGCUCCCUCACCCGCCAAGCGCGCCAAUUCGCCGCCUACAACUUCAGAGAGUACGCCAAGCGGCGUACAAGAGAUGCGUUUCGCGAGCACAGAGCGGAAUCGGAUGAGAGGAAGGUGCAGGAGUUGAUGCAGAAGGGGUUGAAGGAGCUGCAGAUGCUGAAGAGGCAAACAGUCGUAAGCCAGUUUUUCCAGCUCGAUCGGCUUGUUGUGGAGGGCGGGAAGGAAAUGAAGCAGAAGGGCAAUUCGGGCGACCUGAUACGGCAGAAGGACCAAGGGUGGGAUUGA